UACCCCAAGCACGUCUGGUCGCCCGCCGGUGGUUGGUACUCGCAACCCGCAAAUUGGAAGCAAAAUACCGCGAUCAUGUUUGGUGUGAUCAUAGGGAUCUCUGUCAUGGUGGGCAAUUUGAGCGCAGAGAGGGAGCACAGGUGGACAAUGCCAAGGCCUGACCGAUUCGUCCCAUCGCGAUACUGGAGCAGGCAAAUCCGAGAAUAUGAGAAGGAGCAGAGGGAGAAAGGCACUCCGGGUUACUAG